AGUACGUCCAGACGUGGUACAGUUACUGGUAGCCAUGAUUAAUAACGAUAUCGUUCCUAUCGUUCCUCUGCGUGGUUCUGUCAGCGCCAGUGGUGACUUGAUGCCUUUGGGUUAUAUAGCAGCAGCCAUGAUCGGAAGAGAAGACAUCAACGUAAUGAUCAGAGGUCAAAUCAUGCCAUGUCCCGUUGCCCUUAAAGAAGCCAAUCUAGAACCAUUGGUGAUGGGACCAAAAGAAGGACUCGCCAUUAUCAAUGCCACUUCCUUCGCUGCUGGGACUGCCGCUCAAACCAUUUAUGAAGCCAACAUUGCUGUCCUGCUAACACAGAUUUGCACAGGGCUGGCCGUAGAAGCGUUACAAGGUAAAAUGGAAAGUUUCCAUCCUGUCCACUAUACUUGCCUUCAGCACGUCGGUUUGAAAGAAGUUUCCAACAACAUGUUGAAAAUAUUGGACGGAAGUCGACUCGCCGUCUCGACGUUGGAGAUGCAUCUACCUGAUACAUACGGGUCUUUGAAGCAAGACCGUUACAGCAUAAGGACGGCCCCACAAUGGCUAGGCCCGGUGAUCGAGACUCUCAAAGAGGCCUGUCGGCGAAUAAACGUGGAACUGAAUUGUGCCAAUGACAACCCAGUCAUCGACCACCGCACCGACACCAUUGCUCAUGGAGGCAAUUUCCAAGGUGAAACGCUUUCAAUAACAUUAGAUCAAACUCGUCAAGCGUUGCAGGUCUGUGGGAAGCUUCUAUUGGCACAAUUCCAAGAAGUUGUCAACCAUCGUAUUAACCAUGACCUUCCGCCAAAUCUCUGCGGGUCAGACAUCAAUCUCGAUUUUGGUUUCAAAGGAGCUGAUAUUGCCAUGGCAUCGUACAUGUCCGAGUUAGACCACCUGGCCAAUCCAAUGUCCAACCACGUGCUCUCUGCUGAAUGCCAGAACCAAUCUGUCAACUCCAUGGCUCUCGUCAGUUCUCGUCUUACUCGAGAAGCGCUAGAGAUUUUACAGAUGAUGUUAGCCAAUCAUUUGUGUUUACUGUGUCAGGCAUUGGACCUGAGAUAUCUGCGUAAUGAGGUGCUGGGUUCAAUAUAUAAAAUGGGAAAACGCCAUAAGGAAUUCCUUGCCACGUUUCUCAAAGAAAACAAAUGGUAUGAUUUCCUGUUCCACCCAGAGGAAUCUGCAGCUAAGUUUGCUGAGAAAAUUCCUAAAAACGGUCACAAAGAAGAAGACAUCCGCAGUGAGAUAUGUGGCGCUAUGAAAUCACUGAUGUCUGAUGCGUGUAACGGUCAUCUAGGGACUGCUGAAUGCCUAGGAAAAGGUUCACAGAGAGCGUACUGGUACAUACGUCACACGGUGGGAGUGCCAUUUUACCACGGCCAGGCAGCAAUAGACACGUGGCUGGAGAAGAUUUUAUCAGUUGUUCAAAAUGGAGACUUUGAAAACGUUUUAUUUUCCGUCUUUGAGGAGGCUUGAUUUUCAAAUUAUGCAAUUAUUUUAUAAUUCAAUGCACUUAUUUUGUAUGAUAUAUAUUUCGGAAUAUAUAUAUUUACAUGAUCUCAACUAAAUAUAUAUGACAGGGAUUCUCUUUCCGAAAAGCACGAGCUUGGGUAGGAAAUUGAAAUUAUGUUCUAAUUACGCGCUUAAAAGUUAUUUAGUACGGGUAAAUUGUGGCCCUUUAGAUUACGUUUUACCCGUGCACAAUUGUUAAUUUUUUGCAGGUUGUUAUUUAUGCUAUAUUUCUAAUAAGAAUGGGACAUGUUAUUUAGUACGGGUAAAUUGUGGCUCUUUAGAUUAAGUUAUACCUGUACACAAUUGAUAAUUUUUUGCAGGUUGCUAUUUAUGUUAUACUGUAUUUCUAUAAGAAAAUUUUUUGCAGGUUGUCAUCCAUGUUGCAUUAAGUCAAUUUUCAAGUGAGGCCAGUAAUUUAUCAUAUAAUAUACAUUACAAGAUGUGAUAUCUGUAAGCAAUUACAAGUAUUUCGUUUACUUUAUGAACCAAAAACUUUUUGUAAUACUUUUAUAUGGACACGGUAUUUGUAUACAUUUUUUCAAUAAAACAACUCGAAA